AUGAUCAUUGGGGCCGAAGUAUACUUUGAUCUACUAGCUUCAGGGAAGAAAAAGUUGAGCGAAGAUGGUCCAACUCUCCAAGAAACCGUGUUCGGUUGGAUAAUCUCGGGAAGAGUUCUUGAUCAAAUUCGUACCCCCCAAACAUCAACGUUCAUCAGUUCGACAGUUAAUCUUCAAGAACUGAUUGCUAAGUUCUGGGAGUUAGAGGCCUGCUAUGUAAGCAGUACUUAUUCAAUCGAAGAGACCGCCUGUGAAGAGCUAUUUGAGCGUACGACCAUCCGUGACUCCGAAGGAAGAUUUGUGGUUACUCUGCCAAAGAAGGAAACCACGAUUUCGAAGCUGGGAGAAUCCAAAACCUUAGCAUUAAGGCGAUUUACUAGAUUGGAAAAAAGAUUUGAUUCGAGUCCUGAGCUGAAGGCGACGUACAGUGAGUAUAUUCACGAGUAUCAACUAUUGGGCCACAUGAAGGAAGUCGACGACGAACCCUGCAUCGGAGCUUGUGUAUUACUUGCCUCAUCACGCUGUGUUAAAACCAGACAGCACGACAACAAAGCUUCGUGUUGUUUUUGA